AUGGAUGAAAAUGUACAUCCUCUGGUGGGCAUGGAUAGUGGCAGCGAAGCAAGCCCCCUUCGUCCAAGAAACUUGCACCUCAAUCGCAACCAACUUCCCAUGCUGACGAUUCAUGACAUAACUCCAUCAUCAGUAUCGUCGACUGUAAACAGCACACCUAUUUUGGAGCCAGACGGCAAUAACCCCAGGCCCUGGCGACGUGGAGAUCGUCGUCAACAGAGACUGAACACGGAACUCCUGGAAGCUAUUGAAGAACAUGAUAUGGCAGAGGUGGAAAAACUUCUGAAUGCCGGUGCUAAUCCUAAUGCAACAUGCCGUGUGGGUCUGGUAUCAGCCUGUCACAUGGCAGCCCUUAUUGGGGGAGAAGCUCUCUCCCUUCUCGUCAAGUUUGGAGCUGAAAAACUCAGAAGUGAUCGGCUCGGAAGAACUCCUCUACACUUAGCUGCGUAUGCUGGAAAUAUCAGACAAAUGGCAAUACUGUUAGAUUUCCCUGAAGGUAAGUCAAUAUACCGAUCCUUUUAG